AUCGUGACGCUAUCGUUUUACUCACUAACCUUCAACAGUGAAAGAAAUUGGAAAAGGUGUCUGCAUAAACUAACGCAGCGGAUAGCGUCCAUAGUCUACUGGCUACAACUGAGUCUGUCGUUUGUUAAGAAAACGGAUUGAAAAGCUUCUACUUGCAUGCUCGCCCUGCAGCCGAAAAGGAAAAGGAGCAAAGAGUGAUCCCAUCGAGGCAAUUGAAAAUCAACCCUUUUGAAGACUGACCCGCUUGACUCCAUGGCAGAAAACAACUUCCCACCUCUGCCCAAGUUCAUCCCUCUGAAGCCAUGCUUCUACCAGGACUUCGAGGAGAUCCCUGACCAGAGACGCACCAUGUGCAAGCGCCUCUACUACCUCUGGAUAUUGAAUAGCGCUACCCUGGCGGUGAACCUGAUUGGCUGCUUGGCGUGGAUGUGUGGCGGUGGCGGGGCCACUAACUUUGGCAUGGCUAUCCUGUGGCUGAUCCUCUUCACGCCCUGCUCCUACGUCUGCUGGUUCAGGCCCAUCUACAAGGCCUUCAAGACGGACAGCUCCUUCAAUUUCAUGGCCUUCUUCUUCGUCUUCAUGGCUCAGGUGGUGAUCAGCAUCAUCCAGUGUGUGGGCAUCCCUGGCUGGGGAGUCUGUGGUUGGCUGGCCACCAUCACCUUCUUCAGCACCAACAUCGGCUCGGCGGUCGUCAUGCUGAUCCCCACCAUCAUGUUCACGGCCGUGGCAGUGCUGUCCACCAUCGCCCUCACCAAGGUGCAUAACUUCUACCGUGGCAGUGGCGGCAGCUUAGGCAAGGCCCAGGAGGAGUGGACGACUGGCGCCUGGAAGAACCCCCACGUGCAGCAGGCUGCCCAGCAGGCGGCCAUGGGGGCAGCUACGGGGGCCAUGCAGCAGCAGCAGUACUCCGCAGCCCCCACCUACAACUACGAUGAGCCCAUGUAGUAAUCAUGACCAGACCAGAG